AUGUUUACCGUUAACUUCACUGCAUUCACCAAUCCCAGUUAUUUCAUCCUGAUGGGCAUCCCUGGUUUAGAAGACUUUCACGUUUGGAUAUCCAUCCCUUUCUGCUCAAUGUAUGUGGUUGCCCUUAUUGGAAACACCGUUAUCCUUUUCAUCAUCAAAACAGAGACAGUUCUCCAUGCGCCCAUGUUUUACUUUCUUUCCAUGUUGGCCACCACAGACCUCGUCUUGUCAACCUCUACCCUUCCCAAGAUGUUGGGUAUCUUCUGGUUCAAUUAUCAUGAGAUCACCUUCCAUGCCUGUCUUACUCAGAUGUAUUUCAUCCAUGCUUUCUCUGGGGUGGAGUCAGGACUUCUUGUGGCCAUGGCACUGGACCGGUAUGUGGCAAUCUGCAAUCCUUUGAGGCACACAUCUAUACUAACAAACGUAGUGGUAGCCCAGGUUGGCAUUGUGGCACUUUUACGGGGGUUGGUGCUGAUGACGCCACAUCCAUUUCUAGUAAGAAAGUGGCCAUAUUGCCAAACCAAUGUGGUCCCACACACAUAUUGUGAGCAUAUGGCUGUGGUAAAAUUGGCUUGUGCUGAUAUUUCCAUCAAUAGUCUUUAUAGUUUAGCAGUGAUUAUCUUGAUUGUUGGGACUGAUGUGACAUGCAUCUCUCUGUCCUAUGUACAAAUACUCCGUACUGUAUUCAGUCUCCCUUCUAAAGAUGCCAGGUUGAAGACCCUCAGCACUUGCGGAUCCCAUGUUUGUGUCAUCCUCACCUUCUACAUCCCUGCUCUUUUUUCAUUCCUCACUCACCGAUUUAGUAAGCAUAUCCCACGCCACACCCACAUUUUGUUGGCUAACGUGUACUUACUGGUACCCCCAGUGCUGAACCCCAUCAUCUAUGGGGUGAGGACUAAACAGAUCCGAGAAUGUGUUAUACAAUUAUUCACAAAUAAAAUAAGCUGA